UUGUCCUGCCCCUCGAUGAAGAAGGCACGGGGAGAGAGGGGGGCAGUGGGUUUCUCUCCCUUAUACAGCUCCCUGCCAGGUUUCCUGCCCCGCUCUCAGGGCUCCUUCGCUGUGCCCCGACGGGGACAUAGCCUUUCAUCCAGGCACAGGCGGUUCCUCCCUUCCAGUGGAGCCUCCCUCAGCUGCCAUGGCCAGCGGCGGGGAUUCAGACGGCGAGCAAGUGGUGCCUGAUGAAGAGAAGGAUGGCCCAGACGUGAAAUCAGUGCAGGCCCACUACCUGCGCAGCCCUUCACCCAGUCGGUACUCGAUGAUUUCGGACACUGAUACCGAGAGCAUAUUCAUGGAGCCUAUCCAUCUGUCAUCUGGUGUGGCUGCCAAACAAAUAAUCAGUGAAGUUAAUUGUCAGUUUGUUCCAGAACUGAAGACGAAGCACAUCAAGGUAGAUGCAGUGUGUCCCAAGAUGUUAGAGUCUGCACAGCAGUUGAUGGUGGAAGACCUGUACAACCGAGUUAAGGAAAAGAUUGAUGACACCAGCUUGUUUAACACUCCGUGUGUCAUGGACUUGCAGAGGGCACUUGUAAAGGACAGGCUGGAGACUCCCAGAGAUGCUGUGGAUGAAGUCUGGCCUAAUGUCUUCAUAGCAGAAAAGAGUGUUGCAGUGAACAAAAGUCGUUUGAAGAGGCUGGGCAUUACACAUGUCUUGAAUGCAGCUCAUGGUACAGGUGUAUACACAGGACCAGAUUUCUACAAUGGUCUGAAUAUCCAAUACAUGGGCAUUGAAGUGGAUGAUUUUCCAGAUAUGGAUAUCUCCAAACACUUCCAUCCAGCUGCAGAGUUCAUGGAUGAAGCACUGCUGACUUACAGGGGAAAAAUCCUUGUCAGCAGUGAAAUGGGAAUCAGUCGCUCAGCUGUGCUGGUGGCUGCUUACCUGAUGAUCUAUCACCAUAUGACCAUUCUGGAGGCUCUGAUGACUCUGAGAAAGAAGCGUGCCAUUUACCCCAAUGAUGGCUUCCUCAAACAGCUAAGGGAGCUUAACGAGCAAUUACUGGAGGAACGAGAGCUGGAGCAUACUGGAGAUGAAGAUGUCACUCCUAGUCAAAGUCCUGUCACCCACCCUGGGACAUCUUCCCGGCUGUCUGGAGCUAAGGACUCCGAAAGUGUCAUAGGACCCAAAGCACACUCCAUCACAGUAGAAGAAGAAGACAACAUCAGCAUGCUAAGUAGUUUUAUGAGCUCUUCAUCAGUGGGAAAAACUAGCUGGGUUUCCAAACGCUCCACCCUCAUCAGUGAGGAGGAAGAGGAACAGUUGUAUGAGGAAUGGAGGAAGAAACAAGGCCUACCUGCAAAGGAAUCAGCAACUGAGAAUGGAAAAAGAGUGUCGCCAAGGCUUCUGGCUCAGGAACGGGAGCAAUAUGAGGAGGAUGUAGAUCGGAGGAUCCAUGACUGGCAGUGCAGAAAUGAGAAAUACCAAAUGGAGGGUCCACCCAGAGAGGAGGAUGGAAAUUCUUACAUGGGAGGAAGACCUUACCAAUCAGGUGAAUUUAGUGAUGAUGAGAGUGUGAGCAGUUUUGAGAUCCGAACCCUAAAGCGACAGUUGGAAGCAAGCAGCUUUAGCAGGAUGAGGAGGAGCCGCUCAGACUCCAUGUCUUCAGAGAGCACUUGGGACAUGUGGAACCAGAGGCUGAUGGAGAUUGAGAAGGAAGCUGUCCAGAGGUAUCGUUCUAAGAAUAAGAAUGGUGGCGAGAGACAAUCCCCAGAAACAGGAAGAAAGGAGAGGGAUGUGGAUGAGGAAAGCGUGUUGUCAGAAUGUAGCUCCUUCUAUAAUUUCUGCCAAAAGAACAAAGACAAGUUGACUCCUCUAGAAAGGUGGAAGAUCAAAAGGAUCCAGUUUGGCUUUCACAAGAAGGAUUUAGAAUCAUCAUCGUCUUCUGCACCAUCUCCAGCAGAAGAUGGCAGCCAGACUGGUGAGGAGGGGACUGAAGGGAAGAAUUUGUCAGAUGUUAACCUGAGUGCUUACCAGGCUUGGAAAAUGAAGCGGCAGAAGAAGGUGGGCUGUGAAAGCAAGGAGGAAUUUGUAGAGUUUGCCAAAAGUGAAGAUUCUGCUUCAGCUAAAAAGAAGCAGAGACGUGUAGAACUCCUUGAACGUUCAAAGAAAAUUUUAGAAGAAAGCCAGUCCAUGUGCAGCUGGGAGACAGACAGCACAAUGAGUGGGAGCAUCCCGCUGUCUGCUUUCUGGGCCUCAGCGCCCUCUGCGAAUGGUGCUGAGGAUGCAGCUUCUACACUGAGCAUGAAGACAAAUCAUUCAUCUUUAUCACAGGCCAGGAGCAGCACCGGGGCAACACAGCCAAAUAUUCCCCUUCCCAAUCUCCCAGUUGGCCCAGGUGACACGAUAUCUAUGGCAAGCAUUCAGAACUGGAUUGCUAACGUGGUCAAUGAAACCAUUGCUCAAAAGCAAAAUGAGAUCAUGAUGCUGUCCCGUCCAUCGUCUGCAAUGGCCUCCAGUGUAAUGUCAGGAGACCUUGGCAGGCGUGUAGAUGAUGAUAAGAUUUCCCUUCUCAGUUCUCAGUGCGGCUCAUCUUUUUCUGCCUCUCAUCUCGGUCAGCAGGACGUGCACAGGGCUGAGUCUCAGUCUGUCCUGUCUUGCAAUACCUCUGUAAGUGGGAGGGCAGAAGGGACUAGUUCGAACAUGAAGACUAUGCAAACAAGCAAACCACUGUAUAGCCUCUUUGCCGAUGAUGUUGACCUAAAGAAACUCAGCAGGAAGGAGAAGGAGAUGCAAAUGGAAAUGAGAGAGAAAAUGUCAGAUUACCAAAUUGAAAAGGUGAUAAGUGACAAUAAACGCAGCACUCUAUUUAAAAAAAAGGUGACCAAAGGUGAGCAAAGUGAAGUAGAAGGUGAUGUGGAGAGUAUAACGAACAACUACAGGCACCCAUUGCAAGCAGAUCUAGACAGAAACGAUACAGUCUUUACUCUAUCCAGUCUAUCUGCAAACACAGGUGCACUGAAGUCAGAAGUAGAGACUGAUGUUACCAAGUGGCUCAAUAGCCUGAAAACAGAAAAACAGUCAUCAUAUCAUGAUCAAAGUGAGAAUUUCAGAGAGAAAUACAGCAGGUCAUCCAAAGUAAGAGAGAUGGAUUCUGAAACAUCCAGUUACAGAUUCUCCAGAUCCCAGAGAGAAGAGCUUGACAGUUCUUCCUAUGAGUCAAAAGGAGAUUCACUGAGAACCAUGUCAAGAUUUUCCUCUGCUUCGGCAAAAGAGGACAAAAAGAUGUAUAAGUUCACAAGGUCAAGGGUCAGUGAGACGGCAAGUUCUGGUGAAAAAAGCCCAGAACUGCAUGUUUUCAGCCAAACACCAGAACCAUCCUUUGACUCCGAAUCCCCUCAAUCAUCUACACAGAGUCGAGUCAGAUCUCAUCAUGUGGAGGCGUGUGAAGAGGAGGCCAUGUCAGACAUGUCAGAAUUUGGAGCUAAGAGAAAGUUCACCCAGAGCUUUUCAAAGUCUGAAGAGAAUGGAAAGAAAGAGGCAAAAGUGGAACAAAGUGAAGAGAGAUUUGCAUCUAGACAGUUCUCUCAGUACAAGCGAAGUGUGCGUAAAGAGGAGGAAGAAGAAUUGGAUGAUGAUGCUAUUAUUGCUGCAUGGAGAAGCCGACUAGAAGAAACUACAGCAAAGCUCCGUCGGAGAAAGGAAGAGUGACCAAGGAUCAGAUUAGAGGAACACAAGCAGAGUGUAAGAGUCCCAGAAUCACUCAUCAUUAUAUUUCUGAUAAUCCUUUGUGGUUUGCAGGGCAUUUCCUGCAGAUAGUUCUUUUCUUAAUCAAAAGCGAUAAAGGGAAGAGGUCAAGUUUUGGAAGUGUUUGUGGUUUUUCAGAAAGAAGAUGCUAGUAUUAAAUGAUCAAUGUAGGUAGGAACACAGUGUUAGAAGCCAGGUGAUGUUUCAGGAGCAAAGUAAUGGUAGCACCUCCAUUCAAAAGACAAUCACAUCUCAUUUUGAUUAUUUCAAUUUCCUAGUUUUGUUAAAGACCGAACAUACAUUUUUCUAGGACUUUUUUGAUCAUAAAAGGCAGAAGCCAACAGCUUUUCUAGGAACUUGAAGAGUUCCUGUCUUGAUCAAUUUUACUUGAGAAGAUAUUGCUAGAAAGGCUCCAUUUUCUUUUCCAGUCUUAUAAAUGCCUACAGAAAUAAGACUGUUCAGGAGAAUACAGGCACUGUUUUCUUUCACUGAGUAGAUGAAGUAAAGUCAAAUGCUAGAAAAAAGAAAAUGCCUCCUUCUUUUUAGAAGUAUAAGGCAGUAAUGAAUGUAUUCACAUGGUACAAUAUUUGUCUUUUAGAUGAAAUUACCUUUGCUUCAUGGUUGGUUCCUGCAAAUAACUUCAGGCCAACUUUGGGAAAAUGCAGUAAUACUGCCAUCAGUCUAAAAUCUACUUCAAGAUUUAGAGUUAGGGUGAAGAUUAGUGUUAGUGUAUGCUGGGUUUCUGGAGCACUGGCUUCAAUUUGUUGUUUUGUAUGCAGCUGAGCUGAGUCUGUGCUCUCACGUCUAUAGUCAGAUUGUCAUGUCUUGAUUUUCAGGACAAUUACCGUAUUGGAAAAGAGUGAUACACAAACUGACCUCAUAAUAAAACAGCGUAUAGCUGAAGUGUUGGUAGAGGACUGCGCAGAGACUUCUCUAAGGACAAAAUGUACGUCUGUUGAGUGUGGUGCUCUGAAGCUUGAUUUAGGAGGUGGUGGGUUUAGUUGGUGUGUUGCAACUUUUUGUUACCAGGAAACAUCCUCCACCUCUCUCUUACAAACACCUCAGCCAGUUGUUCUGGGUUUCUUCUCUGGAGUUAUCUGUUCCCUUUCUGGGCCCUCUGGCAGAACUGAACGUUAAACACCAGUGAAGGGAUGAUGCAACAGCACAGCAUCACUCUCUCACAGAAAGUUGUCUUUCCUGUCUUCUCUCUCUCACUGUGAUGCUUAGGGCUCCCUAUACUGUUAUGCUAACACCUCUCUCUAUUUUAAUUGUGUAAUAUAGGUCGUAAGCUCCACAGAGUCUAGUUUUUGUCCGUCUCUGUAUGACGCUACACACAUCAGCAAUGCUAUCUAAAUAAUGGUUACUAAUAACAAAAUGCAGGUGCCAAUUUUCCUAAACUUAGCAUCAUUUACCUCGACUCUAACUCACUGAUUAGACAUUAUCCCUGCUUCUCUAAAGAUAAAGAUUACUCUUUCUGACAGCCAGGACCAGGGCAAAUGAUAGCUGCUUAUUGUCAGGUGAGUGGAGUCUCAAAAUCAGGUGAUUGAACAAUACCAGGGCUAGAAAAAUAGGAAGAGCAUAUUUUACUUGUGUCUUUUUUUUUUUUAUGAGUAAGCACAGAUUUCAUUUUUGAAGUACACAAGGAACAUUGUCUUGUUAAUGUUCCAGGCACUCAGAGGUGCUGCAAGGCUUAUAGUGCACUGCUACUGCAAUAUAAUACACAAUACAACACAGUGCUUCCCUUACUUCUGCAUAGUUCUCUGAGGUUUUUCUUUAAAGUGGUGACAUUUCAGGCUUUGAUCCACAUUCGGAGAUUUUACAUUGAAUUUCUGCAGUGUGCUAAAAUAGGUAUUUUCUGCUAUUCUUCACCUCUGCUAAAGUUGCUCUGUGCGAAACAAUGUGAUGCUUAUGCUUAAUUGGAGCUUACUUUAAUUUCAAUUUUAAAAAGAUCUCAAGCGUGAGCACCAGAUCCGUCCUCUGUCUCCUUACAACAGUAAGUGGUUACUUCAGUUUUGAUGGAUCAAAGUGAAAGUGCACAACACCUUCUGAAUCUGCUCUUUUACAAAGGCUGUUCCCUCUGAAAAUCUCUCCUGCUUCCUAAGGCUGCUGCUGCUCUCGACAGAAACGCCUGUCCUCUGCAGGUACUGUAGGGGGCAUCUCACACUGUAAAAGAUGAGCAUCAUACGAUGUAGUAAUUGGUUUCAUUUUGCACUGCACAGCACAGCCUUUGUUUGGGUAGCAUUUUGAUUUAAACAGCAAUCCAGGUCUGCCGCACAAAUAAAUUAUUCAAGACUGAGGGGCAGAAUAUGGUUCUGUAACCAGCCUGAGCCAAACCAGCCUGAUAGCGAGUUCUGACCCUUCUGGGAAAGGGUUAAGUGGGUUCUGCUGACUCACUGAGGUAGGUGGCUUAUUAGUUCCCUUGUCUAAAAGAGAGAUAAAAAUGGCUUGCUGGGGAGAAGCCGUCUAGGAUACUGGCUGAGCAGUCAUGAGGGAGAAGCCUUAGAAACAGCUGAACUUUAUUUUCUUAUUGCUUAUAUCCUUGCUAAUAAAGCCAAACCCCCAAAGCAAUAAGGGGGUGGGGAUAAUUUUGGACUCCAUUCAGUACAUGGCCUAUGCUUGAAAGUGAGUUGGGAAAGACUCCAGCUCACAAGUAUAAAUUACAUGAAACAGUGACAUAAAGACCUUGCAUGGUGAAAAUAUUAAAGCAUUCAGUCAUAAGACCAAUAACCAGGAGAGACAGAAAUGAAGGGGUUGAAGGGAGGCUAGAAAGUCAGGUUUUAAGAUUGGAUUUCAGAAGGCGAUACAGAGUCAGUGAAAGAGGAGAGGUCUGCACCAAUUGUUUCGGGUGAUCAGAGCCACAGAGAGAAUGUUUUUUCAGCAAUGACACUUAGUCUGACAUUAGGCUAAAAGAGUAGGUAAGUAUCCAAAUUUGUCUGGGAAGGAUUUUUCAGCAAAUAUGCACUGGGGCUGAUGUUUUUCUCAGCCUCACUUUGCUGCUGCAGGCAGGAACGUGAGGGGUUUUUUUUUGGCAUUAUUUAGUGGAAGGUGAAAGUGCAAAGAGCAUCCAUACAGUCAGUUAAGAAUAUAAACAUAAGAACAUCAGAAAGGCUAUAUGAGGUCAAACCAAAAGUCCAUCUGGCUCAAUAUCCUGUCUCUGAUGGAGAACAACAGUGAAUACCUAGGGAAGAAUAUAAAAGCAGUGACAUAAGUGAUUUUUCCCCAGGAUGGUCUCCCAGCUUCCAGUCAUUUGCAACUCAAGGACUUCCUGAGCCAAAUGUGAUAUUUUUUUAUUUAAUAGCCCUUGACAGAUUUUCCUUCCAUGGAGGUGCCUAAUCAUUUCUGAGUUAUAGACAUUAUAGCCUUGUACCUGUUAGCCUCCAUGAUCUCUUCUGGCAAGAAGUUCUACACUUGCUAUGCACUGAAUGCUAAACCAUCGCGCUGUUUCUGCUCUGAACCUGCUCCUUACCAGCCUACUUCAAUGCCAAGAUACAGAUUCCUGAUUAGAAUCCACAUGACCCACAAGAUUUUACCCACUUCUAUCAUUAUGUCCCACCUUAGCUGUCUGUUUGCAGCCUAAUGGGUUUCUCAUUCCUCCUAUCAGAGCUGAUCCAUGUCUUUAAUUACUCUGACCACUGUUCUCUCAACCCUUCACAGGUCUACUUUAUCAUGUUUGAGAUGAGCGACCAAGUCCUCACACAGUAUUCACAGUGCAGGUGCAGCAGGGAUUUAUCCUGUGGCACAAUGGCCUCCUUUAUUUUUCUGUCUGUUCCUUCCCUGUCAUCUCGUAACAGUUUGCAUGCUUUUUUGGCUGUUGCUGAGCACCAAGGUGACAUUUUCAUUGAACUAUUUAUUAUAGCCACAAAAUCGUGCUGCUGGGUGGCAGUGGUCAUCUCUGAGAUCAUCGUUUUAUAGGCUAAAUUUUCCUAUGUGCAAUGCUUUACAUUUAUUAACCUUGGACUUCAUCUACCAUUUUAGUGCUCAGUGGUUCAGUCUCAUUAAGUCCUGGGUUUUUUUCACAGCUGGCUUCUCAUUUCUACUACUCUUCUUGAUGUCCUUUGAAAAAAAUGUAGAAAUCCAGGUUAUGUGGGAAACAAUGAAGUAAAGAAGGGAUAGCAGGACAGAGAAACACAUCUGAUGUUGGUCUGAGUGAAAUAAGAAAACUAUGAAAGCUGGAGAGAUUGGAACUAGGAAUUAUUGAAAAAGAGAUGUGAAGAGAAUAGACAAAUUAAGGAGCAGAUCUACAGUGGAUAAAAAGGAAGUUAUCUAUGGGAGCCAAAGAGGCUGAUGCCAAACUUGUUUACUUGUAUAAUGGUUUUGGUGAAAGACCAUGAGACAACCUCUGUGGGAAGGAGGGGGAUGGUGGGAUUUACAGAAAUUAUGGAUUUCUGGGAAAUUUGAAGAGGACUGGGAGAAAUGGUGACAUUGAUGGGAUGCCGAAGAUGUUGAUGGGACAUCAGUGGUAAAAUGUGCUAGGUUGGGAAUUCAAGAAGCAAGUUUAAAAGGAAGUGGAAGCACUGCCAGAAAUAGUUACUCCUGGCGUAUCAGCUGCAUGCUGCAUGGCUGUACUGGCAGGCAGGGCUAUAGCCCAUUUCCCCCCCCCUCUAGGAUUUUCAGGGCAAUUUGUUUUAUUGCUUGUGGCUCUAGUUUAGACUGGGUAAUUUUAAAAGGCAUUUAGCACAAUUUCGUUUUUAUACAGCUCCUUGAGAAAUGCUUACACAUUAGUUGUAGUGGAGAGCUAGAUGAAUUAUGAGACAAAAAGUUUUAGUUGGGGAUGGUUAUGCUGCAUUGUCUGCAUUUCCUUAAAAGGUUUAGCUGAAAUAUAUUGGAUAUAUACAUUAUAACGUGAAAACAUAGUAUCCAUAUAACCUUCCUAAAUUUAUAGACAAUCUAGCAGAGAUGCAGAAAGCAUGGGAUUAAUACAGUCUAGGGCUCGGAAACAGAAACUGCAUGCUCAUACACUCCAGCAAAAUCUCUGUGAGAGCUCCCUACCCACUCCAUGGAAUUUCAUUUGCCAUUCAGAGAAACCAAACUGUGUUAAUUUUCUGCCUGUUCAGUUGUGAAGGAACUUUCAAAAAUGUGAACCAUGUGUAACAAAUAAACAGUUCUCCAGAGA